AUGCAAUUAAAUCUGAUUGUCGCAUCGAUACAAAUCAAUCUUCAUCGUACAAAUGAAAUACUCGAUGAGCUUCUUGUUCAGCAUAGUUGCUUGUAUAUCCCGGCUUCAGCUGAUUAUGAAAUAUUUCCAUUUCAAAUUAUUCCAUACUGUUUAUCUAGAUGGUCAACAACUUGGCUUAACAUCGAAGCAGAUCAUUACGAUAAGAGAUUGACUUUCAUCGAACUCUAUGCAUUGAAUAUUACCGGUGAGCAAUUACUCACUUGGUCAGCACCGAUUGAUAUCAUUGAAGAUUACGAAUUCUAUCGGAAUGAAAUCUCUUCAUCAGACGAUACUCAAUCAGAAUUUUCAUCGAAGGUAUUUCAUAAUUGUACACCAUCAAGAUUUGGCCCAUUGUGCCAGUAUGCAUUGGAUAUGAAUAACUCUCCGUUUCUAUCGUUAGAGGAAUUAGUUAAUAGUUUUUAUCAACAAACUUAUCAACCGACAACAUUGACAUGCUAUAUUCAUUUAACAUGCCAACGUGGAUCAACAAUGAUGUGUCUUGAUUGGACAGAAAUCUGUGAUGGAGAAAUAAAUUGUUUGAACAACGGCGUUGACGAAGAAAAUUGUUGGCAAAUACAAAUCAAUGAAUGCAAAGAUGACGAAUACCGAUGUUUUAACGGUCAAUGCAUUUCAAAAAUAUUUGCUCAUGAUAAUUCUCACGUUUAUGAAUGUCUCGAUCUGUCAGAUGAAUUAGUUUCUCCAAUGCUGAUGUUUCCACAUUUUGCCGUUGUACCGACAUUCUUUAUCACCGACAUUCAAUGUUCAGCAAGACUCGCGGGGAUGAAUACUAGACUUACGAGUUCGUGUGUUCCUCGUCGACAUACUCUUCUGAAAGAAGCGAUGCUAUUCGAUACACCGGUAACACUUUCGAAACCGUGUUGGUUAGCAUUUCAAUGUACUAUGAAGAUUUUGGAGAAGUCGAAUCCAAUUUGUUUGAAAUUAUGUCCCAAUACAAUAUGCACGCAGACAAUUAAUGAAACAUGCCCCGAUUUGUUAUUCGUACCAUAUGAAGGCUUUGUUUUCGGCCAUCUACAAUUAGCUUAUCUGAAAAAUGCGAUAUUGAAUGUGUCCAUGCCUUCGUUGCCGCAAUAUAUCUGCUACAAUGAUCAACUUUGCCAUGGAUUUCGAUCGAAUGUAACUGUAUUAAAAUUUGAUAGUAAAACAUGUCGUCGUUUCGAAGAUUUUCCACUGCAGAAGCCAUCUAUUCUGUCAUAUUUCAAUUGGAUCGACAUGAUUCUCCAAAUAAUAUACCAACAAUUAUAUCAUUGUAACACAAUUCUCUACAACAGUUCACUUGUUUGUGAUAGUUCCACGAUGUAUCGGUGUCGAAAUUCUUCGAAAUGCAUUUCUCAAUUUCAACUCUGUGAUUACACAUACGAUUGUGCUUACAAAGAUGACGAGCAAUGUUCUUUGACAAAUGAAAUUUGUUCAACAUAUGGAUCCAUUUCACUGUUCAAGUGUCCAACCACUAAUAAAUGUGUCUCAUUGAAAAAAGUUAAAGAUCGAUUUUGCGACUGUGGACGUGAUCAGUAUGGACUAUGCGAUGACGAAAAUUCUGUCUACCAUAUGAUAAGAAAGCAGAUUUCAUUUCCAACUGUAUGCGAUGGUUACACUGAACUGGCGCCAGUUCUCAUCGAUGGACGAAAUGAAACUGAUGAAACUGAAUGCGCACACUGGCAAUGUGAUAACACAUAUACACGAUGUGAUGGUAUUUGGAAUUGUUUCAAUGGAGCUGAUGAAGUGGAUUGUCAUUUUUUAUCAACAUUUCGUGAAUGUCCACCGAAGCAUCAUGUAUGUAUCUCACUGACAACAUAUGAAUAUAUUUGUUUGCCUCUGAAGAAAGCACAUGACAGACAGGUCGAUUGCGUUGCUGGUAUCGAUGAACCACAGCUAUGUCGAGAUACUAAUUAUCAAUUGGCUAACGAACAGUUUUAUUGCCAAAAUCAUUCUGAUGAAUCGUGCACGUCAUUGGGUCAACUGUGUCAUGAGAAAAAAGAGUGCUUCUUCGGAAGCCAUGAAUUUUUAUGUCCAAAUAUAGAAGGUGAUGAUGGCAAACUACCAAACGUGACGAGUUUAUCGAACUUUCUUCAUGAGCGUUUGAAUGACGAAAGAAAACGUUCAAUUGUAUACUUUUCUUUAGCGAACUCACAUCAAUCAACCAGACAGAUCACGCCUGAUAGAAAAAUUCCAGAUAUUUCCUCUUUAUUCCCAGUUACAGGAGAAGAAUACGAUCAACGAUGUCAUCGCGGUUUACCUUUACAAGUCUGGUUGAAUAAAAAUUCAGCAGAGAAAGCGUGUCUUUGUCCACCCAGUUUCUAUGGUGAUAUGUGUCAAUAUCAAAAUCAACGAGUUAGUCUUACUUUAAAAUUUCAAACAUAUUCUGCUUGGAGACAAACGCUAUUUGCCAUGAUUAUUUCACUCAUUGACGAUAGUGAUGAACGAGUCAUACAUUCAGUUGAACACUUAACUUACCUUUACACUGAACAUUGCGAGAAAAAGUUUAAUCUAUAUUUACUUUACUCUACUCGACCAAAACUUUCAUCGAGAAUCUAUUCGAUCCAUAUCGACAUUUAUGAAAAACUCUCAUUGGCCUACCAUGGUAGCCAUUUAAUACCAUUGCAAUAUCCUUUCUUACCAGUACAUCGUAUCGCUCUUCAAAUACAAAUUCUUCAUCCAACAGCAUUGCAUCGUUGCUCGAUCACACGAUGUACUCACGGUCGAUGCGUCGUAUAUGCGAAUCGCGGUGACCAAGAUCUGACUUUCUGUCAAUGUUAUCAAGGAUGGACGGGAAAAUACUGUACAAUUCAACAUUCAUGCAAAUGUUCGUUUGAUUCAUUGUGUAUAGGUGUAACAGGAACGAAUCGUUCGAUUUGUGUAUGUCCUCGAAACAAAUGGGGUCCUCGAUGUCUUCUCCACAGCACACAUUGUCAACGGAAUCCUUGCCGUAAUCACGGUCAAUGUAUAUCGAUGAAUGACGAAAUCAUGUCUGAUAAAGAAUUUAUCUGUAUUUGUCCGAAAGGUUUCAGUGGAAAACAAUGCGAAGUUGUCGAUAAUAAAUUAAUCUUCUCGUUCGAAGAAAAUGUUUAUUUUCCGCAACGAAUUUUAAUCUAUUUUAUUGAAAUACAAUCAGGUGGUCCACCGAUCAACGGUUCGAUAUUUCGAACAAUCGGCCCGUACGAAAAAACAAUUAUCAUCUAUUGGACGCAUCCAUAUCAUAUUGUUCUCGUGGAAUAUUUCGAUAAAAAUCUCUAUUUACUUUCAGUUGCACACACUUGGAAUCAGUCGUCUACUCUAAUUCGAACUUUCAAUUUUUCUAAUCGUUGCUAUCAUUUGAGUGAAGUCUUCAACGAUACACUCAUGCAACUACAUCUUCUUCGACGAAUCAAAUAUUAUCAUUUACCGUGUCAACUAACGCCUCUGAAAAUCCCGUGUUUUUAUGAUGACACACAUUUUUGUCUAUGUUAUAACCACGGUCAUGAUCAUCGAGUUGCCAAUUGUUUCGAAUUUUCUUACACAACCAAACACGAUUGCUACGACCAAAGUAGUUGUGAAAACCAAGCGCAAUGUAUUCAAGACCAACCGAUUUGCCCAAAAACGUCGAAAUGUGUUUGUCCGAAAUGUUUCUACGGUCAACGAUGUCAAUUCAGUUUUAAUUUAUUUGAUCUUUCCUUAGAAUCAAUCUUAAGUUAUCACAUUCAACCGCACGUGAGUAUCCGAUAUCAACCUUCUCUUAUUCAAUUCAAUAUCGCAUUAACAAUGAUCAUAAGUAUUACUGGUUUUAUCAAUGGAAUCUUGUCGUUGAUUACAUUUCAAAGUAAAGGAACGCGAAAAGUCGGAUCCGGUAUCUAUUUAUUUGCAUCGACAAUAACAACAAUGGUUGCCAUUCUGAUUUUCGCAUUGAAAUUCUUCAUUUUCCUCUUUGUGCAAAUAUCUUCAAUUACCAAUCGAUCAUUUCUUACUUUUCAAUGUAGAUCAAUGGACUUUUUUUUACGUAUCACACUGAAUAUGACCCAAUGGUUAUACGCAUGCGUUGCGAUCGAACGAGUCAUGACGAUCAUCAAAGGAACGAAUUUUUAUACACAACGAAGUAAACAAAUGUCUAAGUACGUUAUUGGUUUCCUAAUGAUUUUCAUGAUUAUCACAACGAUACACGAUCCUAUUCAUCGACGUCUAUUUUAUGAUGUGCACGACGACGAUGAUCAAAAACGCAUCUGGUGCAUAGUCACAUAUUCAUCUGCUUUGCAAUUAUUGAAUCUUCUAAUCAAUAUCUUUCAUUUUGUUGUACCGUUUGGUAUCAACUUCAUUUCAGCGAUAAUUAUCAUGACAAGAACUGGCUGCAAACAACGCACACGACAUGCCAUUGAUCGACGAUUUAUCUACAAACAAUUUCAACAACAUUUUCAUCUGUUUUUUGCACCGAUUGUCUUAGCGCUCCUUGCGUUUCCGCGCUUGAGUAUCUUGUUCAAAUCAAUCUGUUUAACAUUCAAUACAGAUCCAUGGUUAAUUACCUGUGGAUAUUAUAUCUCAUUCAUACCAUUAACAUUAUCAUUUAUUCUUUUUAUAAUUCCAUCAAAAUUAUACAGGACGCAAUUUCUGAUCGCAGUGAACCAUUAUCGACGAAGAUUACAAAUACGUAUACAUCCUAUUUAA